AGGGCCGAGUUAACUCUGUUCACUUGCCUUAUCUUCCAUAUUGGGCUAUAUUUUGAGCUUAAGGCUCAGGGCGAGUCGGGAAAAAAACACGUCUUAAGCAAAAGACUUUUCCUCCUGAUGUGAGCCCGGGAGGCUGUUCUGCUGCACGGAGCCAUUCUGCCUGGAGUUCGCCGGACUUUGGCCUUCCCAGGAGAAAUCAUGGCCAAAUUUCUCUUCAGGUCCUAGAGCAGUUUUAAAGUUAAAAAGUACUUUUUUUUUUUUUUUUAAUGUCUUCCUCCCUUCCGCCUCCCUCUUCAUGCUGUGCAAACCCUUUGGACGCAGAAAAUUACGUUUUGGCAAAGUGACACUUUCCGCUGGGCUAGUAGGAGACAGUGUUUACAAGCUCAGCGGACCUUAGACCUUAGUGCCAGAUGAAGAGACCUUGGAGGGAAAACAACGAGAAUUCCAACUCCAACAGCCACAACCCGCUUUCGGCGUCAAUGAACGGGAAUAAGACAGUUUUGGGGAGCUCAGAGGACGAGAAGACGCCGUCAGGGACCCCGGAUCACACCUCCUCCAGCCCCGCGUUGCUGCUUAGCUCCAAUCCCGGGCUGCAGCCCCUGCACGGCCUGGGCCACCCCCAGGGCCCCAGCGCCAUCCCCGUGCCCAGUGCCGACCCCAUGCACCACCACGGCUUGCAGGACUCCAUCCUCAACCCCAUGUCAUCUAACCUGGUAGAUCUGGGCUCUUAAAACAGUGUACACGCUCCCUCCUUGGCACCAGCCCUCCUUUACUCUAUUUUUUUUCCUUUUUUUUUCUUUCCUUUUUUUUCCUCCCCCCUUAAUCUAACCAGAGACUUUGAAAGAGAUGACAAACACCUUAGUGGAUGUGUUGUGUCCUUUGGCAGAAGGCUGGCUGCAGGUUUGCAAGGUAGCAGACUCAACUGUGGGCAGUGAUGUUGUGAAAAGCCUUAAGAGUUGUUUACAGGGGGGCUCAGGCGUGUAAUGACUAUUGGACAGAAGCUGUGAUUUUCACGGCAGGCUGUAAGGGGGAUCGGUUUAGCAGCUCUUUCCAGCCUUAAUUUCACGAAUCUCUCAGUGGUGUCACUCGAUCGGGCCGGUCUGUGUGGGAAGAGGCACAUUGUAAUAUUUUUUUUCGGGGUGUGGGGAGGAAAGUGGAACGCAAGGCUGCUGUUGCCAUGCCUGUUUGGAAGUUACACAUCUCUCCCGUUAUUCUAUUGUAGCUAUGUAUCCGUGGCAGGUGUAUGAUGUACAAUUUCAACUAAGAAUACAAAAGUUGUAGACAAGUUAUAGCAGCAACACGCGCUCUAGGCAGACUCUGUAACCUUCUUGUAGCUGAUGCUAUGCAGAGAGACAGCUUCUUUGGCCUUGUCCAUGUGGUGCUUUAGCCAUUUGCUGUGUGGAAAAGGAAGUGGUGGCCCGGCUCUGGCCCGGAGGAAGGCAGAGACAGAAUUCCCCCCUCUGUGUGCAACGUGGGCAGGAGCUGGCUUUAAAAAGAAAAGAGGAAUUGCUGCUCAAGUUUAGACCUAAAAGACAGUAUCAACCACAAGUCACUCACCUUAGUUUUGUUUCUUGUUUAUAUUAUGUGAAUACAUUCUUUGGAAAAUAUUUCUGCUUUUAUUUUAUAAUAAAAAUUAGAAAUC